AUGGUAAGGAAGCUGGUGGAAGACUGGGCCAGAGCAGGAACUGGGAACACAGCCUUGGAGGCUCUUCAAUACAGUCUCAGCAGCAGCCCCACCGCCCCCGCGGGCCCCCGGCGGGAGCGGGAGCGGGAGUGGGAGUGGGACGACGCGCCCCCGACGCCCACCAGCGUCAAUUACCACUUCACCCGGCAGUGCAACUACAAGUGCGGCUUCUGCUUCCACACGGCCAAGACCUCCUUCGUGCUGCCCCUGGAGGAGGCCAAGCGGGGGCUGGCGAUGCUCAAGGAGGCGGGAAUGGAGAAAAUCAAUUUCUCGGGAGGAGAACCGUUUCUUCAGGACAGAGGCGAAUAUGUGGGCAAACUGGUCCAGUUUUGCAAGCAGGAGUUGAAGCUACCAAGCGUCAGCAUUGUUAGCAACGGCAGCCUGAUUAGAGAACGGUGGUUCAAGAAGUACGGUGAAUAUUUAGACAUUCUGGCAAUUUCAUGUGAUAGUUUUGAUGAGAAUGUCAACGUUUUAAUUGGCCGUGGUCAAGGAAAGAAGAACCAUGUGGAAAAUCUGCAUAAACUGAGACAGUGGUGCCGAGGGUAUGGUGUUGCUUUCAAAAUAAAUUCAGUGAUCAACAGGUUUAACGUUGAGGAAGAUAUGAAUGAGCAGAUCAAGGCACUCAACCCCGUGCGCUGGAAGGUAUUCCAGUGCCUGCUCAUCGAAGGGGAGAACACUGGUGAGGAUGCCCUGAGAGAAGCAGAGAAAUUUGUUAUCAGUGAUGAAGACUUUGAACAAUUCCUGGAUCGCCACAAAGAUGUCUCCUGUUUGGUACCUGAAUCUAAUCAGAAGAUGAGGGAUUCAUACCUCAUUCUGGAUGAAUACAUGCGUUUUCUGAACUGUAGAAAUGGACGGAAAGAGCCUUCCAAGUCCAUCCUAGAUGUUGGCGUAGAAGCAGCUAUAAAAUUCAGUGGAUUUGAUGAGAAGAUGUUCCUAAACAGAGGAGGAAAGUAUGUGUGGAGUAAAGCAGACAUGAAACUGGACUGGUAGCUCAAUAUACUGAGUUAGGGCACGUGCAUUAUGUAAAGAAAAUGGGUUUGUAUAUAUGUAUCUAAUGCUUUUAUCUACACUUGGUAUAUUAGGUGGAUUGAUGUUCUAUAUAUAAAUGUGUUAAAUGUUUUUAGAAUGUAGGUUAUGUUCUUAUCUAUUGUUUGGUUGAACAUUACCAAGUCCCUUCAGAGCUUUCAUAUAAAUAGAUCUCUGAAAUCAACUUUCUAGUCCAUUAUAUGAAGGACUUAGGGGCAAACUGUUAAUAUAAUGUCACACGGGAAACGAUUUUAAAAUGAUACAUAAGUGUGCAUGCCAGAAAACAAACCAAAACCCACCCCAAUCUCUAAUUCAUUAUAAACAUUUAUAUCGAUGGGUAAGUGGAAACUCUUACUGGAGAACGUGUUCUGCCUCGUUCAUAUGGAAAGGUGGGUUGCAGUUCCUCACUAGAUCACCAGAGGGCCAGCUGGCAGUCCUUUGGAAGCAGCCCCUGCAUUUUCAGGGGUAGUAGAGGGUCAGAAUCUAGGAAUUGUUAUCUGUAAUCAUGUAUUUAAAAGGAAAUCAAGAUGAAAAAAUAGGCAAUUUUCAUUCUUUAAGACUUAACCGUAAGCCUGUUGUUGUUCUCCCUCUCCUCCAUAUACACAUGGGAUAUUUGCAAAUAUGUUGGGGGAUGUAAUUUUCUGUGAAAAUGCAUUUUUAGUCAUGAAAGAAGAUAAUAUUUGUCCUAAAACAUAAAAGUGAGUUUUAGCCAGUGACAAGCAACUUCCUACUUCACAUUGGCAAUGGUGUUAGUUCUAACAAAUAUUUAGAGUGAAAACGAUGUUUGCAUUUUAUUAAUAUCUUCCUCAAUUUUCCUUUUAUCUGCAAAUAUUGAUUUAUUAUUUUUAACAUGUUUUUCUCUCCCUGUACAUACAAUUCUGAUGAAUAUUCCUUCUGAAAUUAAUUAAUACUACGUAGCACACCUAACACGUACAUUCUGUUGCAUACUGGCUGUUAUUCGCAUGCUUUUUAUUUUGCUAAGCCAUGAAAUUACAAACAACAAAGUUCAUAUAUCAUGUAUCCUUGUUUUAAAGGUUGCUUGGCUCAGUUAUUGUUCUUGCUUGCUGGUUACAAACAUGCAAGUAUUAAGUGAAACUAAUCGGGUUUUUUGACAGCUGCCUUUGAUUUUAAGAGCUGGCAGCAUCAACAUAAAAUAGAAAGGUGUCAACCCCCGCUGCAAAAACAGUAAUCUAAUAUGCUGCCCUCAUUCUUGGUUUUCUGGCAAUUGUUAUGGCUUUAUAAUGGCAGUUUUCCAAAUUUAGCUAGUCCCAUCCCCGCUCCCUACCCCCUGCAAAGCUCUGUAUGAAAGGCAUAGGGAUAAGCAUUGCACAAAGCAGAAGUGAGCUGGCACUAAUCAUUCAUCCUGUCCAUUGAACUCAAUGCCUGGACUGUCUCACACGUUUAAAUAUUUGCAGCCGUUGGGAGCCAGCAUGCGCUAAAUGUACCAUGUAGAGAAAAUUACACCUUCUUUCAUUUUUCUGAUAAUGCUAGUUGUUUUUUUUUUUUUAAGACUUUUUGAGAGAAACGUUUUGCUUUCACCUAAUACAUCUUCAAAGUUGAAGAGGAAAGCGCUUAAGUAGGAGCUGCUACUUCUGAAUAAAGGAAGGUGCAUCUCUGAAUACACUGUGAAAAUGUUUCCAUUCGCAGUUCCUUCAGUUUGUACUUUUACUAUCCUAACUGUAGGUAUACUGUCUCAGUGGUGCUCUUUUGUCUCUUUGUAUUUUGCAUUUUGCAAUCACAACACUUCCUAGACACUUACAUUUCAGUAUUUUUUUUCCUUGUAUUAAUAUGAAGUGACAUUUAAAAUGUGGCCCACACACAUGAACCCCACAGUCUUUUGGCAGCUCUUUCGCUGACCUCAGUUGGAGUUCUGCCUGAGUAGCAACUAUGGGCAGCACAAAUUUAUGUAACUGUGGGGUUUGACUUCCUCUGCGUUCCCUUUGCUCAAAUGUUAAAUCUAGCCUCUUCCUCAGUAUCUCUGCUGCCUGAUAGAAAGGAAGCAUUUGCCUUUGCUGCUGGCUCAGUCCCAGCAUGGGGAAAGAUUUAGUGCAUCAAUGUACCAGUACAUCUACCAGCUUGCUGCUUCUGCAGAAAAUGCCAGCCGUAUCACAGCAUGCAGAUGUGAGGUACACAAACUCCCAUUCAGAUCCAGAAAUGCUGCCGUUCUGUGCUUUGCCUUUUACUCUGUAAAUGGCUAUUCUUUUGCUGCAAGAGAUCCUCUGUGCCUAUGGAGGAAGCUGCAGGAUAAAUGAACUGGAGCUGAAAAUGUGAAAAUCCAGUAAAUAAUGCAAAGACAUUGAAGAUGGCUUUUAUGAAGGUUCUUAGCUCUUAUCUUCUUACAAUGUUAAGCAUUUUACAUCGCUUCUUGCUACCAUACGUAAUUAAGAAAAAGUUUAUGCUCUGUGUGAUACUCUUUUCCAAAGGACAUGCCAGUUGUGUACAUUGGAAAUGAAGAAUUAGACAUAAUGAAGUUUGACAGACAAUCACUGAAGUUAAUGAGUAGCUAUUGGUAUUUUUAUAUGCAAAAUUAAUUUUUGUGUAAAAUCUCAACAAUUUUUUUGGCUACAGUUUGAUUAACCUGUUGGUUUUUUUUUUUUGAAAUCUAUAAACACAGUUCUCGGUUCACAGACCACAGAUGGACUUUAGGCUUUCAUUCUGUAGUUAGGCUGAACUUUUCAGCAUGGGACUAGAAAAAUAAUCCCGAAUUCAACAGGGCUACUACCAGGUUUAGAGAUUACAGGUACAUUGUGGCCCUGAAGAGUCAGGAUUUAAAUUUAAGUCCUGUGAACACAGAUAUGCUUAACUGUGUUUUCAUGUGUAAUCUCAGAGGACUGCAGCUAAGCACUUGCUAAAGAUGCUGAAUUGGGAAGGAGCUUACACUGUAGUCUACUAGUGUUACGCAACUGUUGCUAUUUGUAAAAUUUGUAGAGAAGGAGCGUUUGGGAGAAUUACUUCAGUUAAAAGUGUGAAUGUACCUUGGGUAAUGAGUAAAACUGUCAUCGAAGAUGCAAUUUAAGAAGCCCUCUUUCUCAGUGUGAAGGAUGCUGAUCUAUUUGAAUGUUACAAAAGAUGAAUUUUUAAAUGAGACUGUCAUGUAAGUAGUGCUAAAUAUUUCACGAGU